UAGUGCAACCUUCUUCUACGAUCUGUCACAGUGUCGGGUUCUUGUUCAUACUUUCCGUUCUUUAUUAGGAUCUAACGUAUAAGAACAGUUGGCAGUACAAAGUAUUAUUUGAUUUCAUGUGCUGGUAGUUUUACACAAGGAAAGAGGCGACCAUGUCGUCUGAAAGCGAUUCAGAUGAGUUUUAUGACGCCGAGGAUGAGGAGCUUGCAGCCGCAAGGGGAUACGGCGCGAGUCCGCCCAGAAGAGCUGUCAAGGAGACUCAGAAGCCAGUAGCAAUAUCUGAGUUUGAGGAGGAGCUCCAUCGCUUAGCAACAGAGAGACGCAAUGCCGAGGAAAGGAGGAAGCAGGAAGAAGAAGCUCUCCAGAGAAAGAUCGAGGAGAUUGAAGCCAAGAAAGAAGAAGAAGAAGAAAAAGAAAGACAGCGUAUCUUGGAGGAACAGCGGAAGAAAGAGAAGCAACGAGAAGAAGACGAAAGACGAAAACAUGAGGAGGAAGAGCGGCAACUGGAACAGCAGGAGGCCGAACAGCGGAGGAUCGAGGCAGAAAAGCGACGCAAACGCUUAGAGCAGAUGCGACUCCACGAAGACGGAGCCGCCAAAACCAAAACUCCAUCUUCCGAAGACUCAGAGCCAAGUGCAGAUUCCCAACAACCUUCGCGGGAUCCAGCUGGGAAUAGCGGGGGACAGCAAGAGGGCGCUCCUAACGACGUCGCCAUUCGGGAGCCGGGAUUGGCCAAUAGAAAUGUCCAACCAGAUGUUAUCGCCAGUAUUAAGGAAAGACCCUCAGCAUUAGUCCUUGGGAUGGACAAACAGGACGAUAUUCCUCCUCCCGUAGCCCCGCCCCGCAAAAAGAAGAAACCCAAGUCUUUUGAGACGCCAACGCCAGAGAUAAAAGCCGUGAUUAAAGAAUUGUCUGACACACCGGUAGGUGAUGAGAAGACGACUGUUGGUCUUCCACCAGAGUCUGGAGACACUGGGAGGCCGUUAAGCGGCCUGCUCACCCCCACUACGACCAUUGAGUCCAUUACCAAAGAGCUUGAACACUCCCUGGAUCUUGCCAGUGCUACCAGUGAUAACAUAGUCCUACAUAUGGAAACACAAAGCAUCAAAGGUGAAUCUCGAGCGGAAGUCCUGGAAGCUUUGAAGAACCCGCCCCCUCCGAAGCCCCCAAGAGGUCAAAGCGGUUCCAGUGACGCCAAGAGCGGUAACGGGGGUAGUAAGAGUAAAGGAAAUACACCAGACACGGACACGCUUGCUCAGUAUUAUGCUCUGAUGAAAGGGCAGUCCACUAAGGGAGAGAUGUUAACAGAUGAAGAAGUACUGUCACAAGUUAUUGUUAGGAAUUUAGACACGGGGGAGGCAAUACCGCUGCUUCUAGCCGAGGAACAGUUACCACAAUGCAUUAAUCCACUAGCUCUACACAUCAUGAGAAUCACCUCAGAAUAUCCAAGUAAUUCCAGCCUUGACAAAGAAGGAGCAAGUGACGGAGAGAAAACAAAGUCGACUGCUGCCGGAGCCAAAAAGUCUAAAUCUAAAAAAUUAAAGUUCAAGAAGAUCUUGUCUAAGAUCAAGAAUGCAGCGGACGAGGCGUUCAGACACGAGGAGCAAGAGUCGAGCGAUGAAGAAUCUCUGCCAGAUUCAAGAACAAUGAAGAUCAAGGCAGCCAACAGUAACAAAGGCCCAUAUGACUUUGAUCAGUUGAGGCUAGCUCAGGACCUAGGGCGAGAACAUGCUGGAGCUGUCUGGACCAUGAAGUUCUCACCAUGUGGACGACUACUGGCCACAGCCGGUCAGGACAGAAUGCUGCGUGUCUGGGUUUUGAAAGAUCAUUACAAGUACUUUGAUGACAUGCGGCAACGAUACAGUAACGAGUCAAGAGAACAGGACCGUGCCUCCAGUCUUGAGAGGGAGCGGCGCGGAUCCCAGGAAGUGAUCGAAGAGAGACCGGAAGACGAAGACGAUCAAGAGGCUGAGAAGAAGGAGACGGCAGUACAACCAGAAGAAGAAGCGCAGCCAGAGCUUGCCGAUACACCACUCCGGGAAAGCGCCCUGGACGAUGAGAUGGCAGUGUUUGCGCGUACACCGUUCUUUGAGUACUCCGGGCACACGGCGGACGUUCUUGAUGUGUCAUGGUCCAAGAACUACUUCAUUCUUUCGUCGUCAAUGGAUAAGACAGUCCGAUUAUGGCAUAUCUCAAGGAAUGAAUGCCUGUGCUGCUUUCAACACAUUGACUUUGUGACAGCCAUUGCUUUCCAUCCGAGGGACGACAGAUAUUUUCUGAGUGGUUCACUGGAUGGUAAACUCCGACUGUGGAACAUCCCGGACAAGAAAGUGGCUCUGUGGAAUGAGGUGGAUGGACCUACCAAGCUCAUCACGGCAGCCAACUUUAUACAAAAUGGCCGCUUUGCUGUGGUGGGGACGUACGAUGGCAGAUGCAUUUUUUACGACACAGAGCACUUGAAGUACUACAGUCAGAUUCAUGUACGAUCCACCCGAGGGCGUAACGCUGUUGGACGGAAGGUCACAGCCAUUGAACCUCUUCCUGGACAGGAUAAGAUUCUUGUGACAUCUAAUGAUUCUCGACUGAGGCUGUAUGACCUUCGUGACCUUUCAUUGACCUGCAAGUACAAAGGUUGCACCAACGUUAGCAGUCAAAUAAGAGCAUCUUUCAGUCAUAACUUCAGGUAUAUUGUAUGCGGUUCUGAAGAUCAUUGUAUCUACAUAUGGAAGACUUGUUAUGAUUUUGCCAAGUUCACUUCAGUGCGGAAAGAUCGUAACGACUUCUGGGAGUCCAUUAAAGCUAAUGACGCCGUCGUCACCACAGCCGUGUUCUCUCCUCAACCCUCCCUGGUGAUUAAGCAGACCGACCCCACUCCUCCUACCCCGUUAGACACAGCCCCGUCCAGCACGGAGAGCAAGCACAGUCCAAUCACAAAGGCAAAGCGCGAGAUGAUCCACGGCAAGACGGAAACCAAAGCGGAGAAGAAGAGCUCACUCAAGAGGUUCUUGGACCAGGGAGAAGUACUUGUGUGUGGGGAUUUCAACGGCGCAAUUAAGGUCUUUAUCAAAAGGCCAAAAUCUUAAACUCUCCUGAUUUGUCAGAAUUUUUUUUUUUAAAUUUCCCUACAUAAAUCUUCCCUAGCCUUUAUGCUCGAGAGAUAAUGUUUCCAGCCGCAUAAAAAAGAAUUAAUUUUACUACCCUGUGAAUCAAGAUUAAAGGGAAGGUACAUGUUUGGUAAUUACUCAAAACAAA